AUGUCCACAUCCACCAGCAAAAAUCCUUCAACUACCUCAUUUACUUCCGUUAAUGAAAGAGAAGCCAGUACAGUCAUAGCCAGUUCUUCUAACACUUCUUGGGAGCUGCAUGCAGACGACUUCACCAAGGAGUUAUCCUGUGUUAUUUGCCUAGAGCUGUUUAGGGAGCCUGUCAUCCUGUCCUGCGGCCAUAACUUCUGCAAACCUUGUCUAGAGACAGUCUGGGAAGAAAAAGGAGUCUUCUGCCCACAAUGCCACUCAAAUGUUCCAGACCAAAAGUACAUAGCGAACAAAGCCCUGGAGAAAAUGGCGAAUAAAAUCAAGACCUUUCAUGUGGGGUGCCAACAGCAGAAGUGCCUCGAACACAGCGAGCCCUUGACUCUCUACUGGAAGCCACAAGAAAAACUAGCCUGCUUCAGCUGCCGGGAAUCUCAGAUACCCAAAGAUCAAAGCACCCAGUUUCUUCUCAUCCCAGAUGCUGUGCAGAUCUAUACGGAAAAGCUGCUCAUGAUGAGAAUUCAGCUCCGGUCCAUCCUGGUGAAACUUGAGAUGUUGAAAAACGCUCAGGAGGAGAAAAUUUCUAGUCAUAAAGAGAACAAAUUGCAACUUCAGUACCAUAUCUCCUUGGAAUUCCUAAAACUGCACCAGUUUCUUCAUGGCAAGGAGAAAAUGUUUAUCAACCAGUUAAAGGAACAGGGUGAAAUUCUCCUCCAAGAAAUGGAGGCAAAUCUAAACAAACUCCAAGACCGAUCACAGAGUGCUAAGGAUACCCUGGUCUGCAUCCAGGCCCGCCUGUACCAGCAGAAUUCUGCUGGCUUCCUGAAAGGAAUAAAAGCUUUCAUAGAACGGAUGGAACAAAAAACUGAAAAUUCAUCUCUGGCUGAACUAGUGACCGGAACUCUGAGUGCAGGGGAGUUCAAGGGGCCCAUGCAUUACACCAUGUGGAAAGAAAUGAAAUCCAUUCUCAGCCCAGACAUUUCAUUCCUGACUCUGGACCCCAAAACAGCACAUCCAAACUUGAUUCUCUCUGAAAGGAUGACCUGUGUAAGACAUAAUGACAUAAAGCAAAUGCUGCCAGAUAUUCCAGAGAGAUUUGACUGCAGUGUUUCUGUCCUGGCAUCUGAAGGGUUCACCUCUGGGAGGUACUACUGGGAAGUGGAGGUGCAGAAGAAGACCAAGUGGACCUUAGGAGUUGUGAGAGAGAGCAUUAACCGCAAAGGGAACUACCCGUUGUCACCCAAAGAGGGUCACUGGCUUAUAAAGCUAAGGAAUAAGAAUGAGUUAAAAGCUAUAGAUAUGCAACCAAAAAAUCUGACCCUGGCCAAAGAUCCUUCUAGAAUUGGGGUAUACUUGGAUUAUGAGAGUGGUCAGGUAUCCUUUUACGAUGCUGACAAUAUGUCUCACAUCUAUACUUUCAUAGACACUUUCACAGAGAAACUUUACCCAUACUUUUGCCCAUGUUUGAAUGACUCUGGAGAAAACAGUGAGCCACUGAGAAUUGUUGCUUUCCAUAUGUAGAUGCAGAGUGAGAAGGAAGACCAUCUGUAAAAUAGAUCUCUUUCAACCUGAACCUAUGAGCUAUUACACUUAGACAACUUAUAGGAUCUGGUGAUAGGAUCCCAUUGUCAAUGAAAGGGGACAGCAGGUGCCCCUGGACUUCUGUUGGGAUGUGACUCUAACCCUACUACCACUGGUGCAGGAGCAGCCAUUGGAGUACCUGCACAGGUGGCUACCCUUGCCCUUCCUGUGGCACAACUGCAAUUCUGUUAUGCACUCCUGUUAUGUCUGAAAAGGUGGUCCCCUCUAGACCCCUUGAGUGGCAUCACAGUUUAGGUCAAAGUUAUCUUUACACUAAUAAUUCCUAAUUGUAAGGUGUCAUCUUCAGGAGAGCUGUUUGUGAUGAAUGUAUAUAUUAUUUUAUAUUAAUUAUAUUAUAGCGUAAUUCUUUAGAAAACAUAAUAAUAAAA